AAGUGGUCUCGUUAGAGUCUCAUUUAACGAAGCCGAGUCCGAGACGGGAACGGCCGGGAAAUAGAAAAUGCGAUUUUUCGCGAUUGUGCUCGCCGUGGUCGCGAUCGGAGCGCAGUAUCGCUCGCUCGCGCUCUCCGACGUGAGAGACGCAGGGAAAAAGAACGCAGCUUGCGUAGACGAGCGUCGAAGUGUGCGAGUACAUCGGGAUGCGAGCCAAGCCGCGUCUUCGCCGACCUGGAUAGAGUCCUCGGUUUCCAUGAGCCUCGUGAACUCAACGGAUCAGAAGGCUCCUUCGAAUAUACCGCAGCGAUUGAAGGACCUGAUCGCGUCGUACGAGAGAAAUGUUGCCAAGUUCGUAGAGCACGCCAGAAGAAUGUGCGAAGAUAAGAACGAUAAUCAACAAGAGACGCAUUUUCAGACUCAGCUUGGAUCGCUCGUCGAACGUGUUGUUAAAGAACAGUCGAAAGUGAGGAACGCGUACGCCAAGCUCGGCAACGUUACAGACUCGAAUUUGGAGGGAGCGAGUAGAAAACUGACGAUAAAGAACGUUAACAACUUGAGAGAGCUUCUAGACACAGUGGAGGAGCUCGAUAUCGUUCAUCAGAAUGGGGAGAUCACCGAUGAGCACAUUCGGAUCAAACGCGCCAACGGAGCCGCGUCAGAUCGGCAGGAGAGGAUUAUUCAUAUGCUGCUCGAAGUUCAGCGUCAGUUAACGCAAAUUCGAAAAUAUCUGGAUAAAUUAUGCAAGAAACAUCAGUCGACGUGGACGACGACCAGAGAAAUAAAUUCCAUUAACGAUGAUGCUGCCUCUGUAGAUCGGGCGGACAAAGUACCGAUUAUUCGAAAUUAAUGCACGACGCGCAUCCAAGAGUAAAGUGGAAUAUGUAUUACGGCAUAAAAAUCUUAAUCUAAUUUUUUCAGUAAAAAAAUUUCGAUUUUGUUACACAUGUCUGUUACAAUUAAAAAUGUAUAGGUUGCGAAAUAAUAUAGUUAACGGUAAUGCAUCGAUGAUAGACUAAACGAGGAUAAGAGCGAAGGAAAGAAAAUCAGAAGAGACCAUUUAAAAGAUUAUUUGUUGUUGGAUUAUUUCAGUUUUCUCCACUUGCACCUCAUUUGUACUUUUGCUUUCAAGAAGCAAUUUACUCAUAAUGUAACUUAAUCGCAAAUAGAAUAUAUACGAUGAGCAAACAUAAAUUAAUCUUGCAAAAACUAACGGGUCUGUAUAAUUUACGAGAAAAUAAAACAACAAAAUUU